CAGCGAACGGGGAGUUUUGACGUUAGACUUCAAAGCCCUAUUUAAAUAAACCGUAGCAACAAAUAAGUACGUUUCUUUAGUAGUUUGUAAUUUAUUUCCAUGUCUGACGGUAGUUUUUUUCUGUUACGGUCGUACGGAAACAUUUUAACUUGAACGCCCCACUUCCGGUUUUCGUGAUACUUCCUUGAUUAGCGUGGACGUAAACUUAAAACUGUGUGGCGUCAGCUUCGAUGCGUCUUUUUUUUUAUUUAAAGACAACGUUCCCUCGGAUAUUUUGUAGGUCGCUGUCGUUAUCCGUCCCACACUGUGCAGUCAACGGCAGAGGAAGGAGAGCCACGGCAACAGGAAAAGAACCUACGACAGUGUGACAGUUUAGCGUCGUUAGCCGUAGGUAGCCCCCGCCUCUCGGCCGACGACGUCAUCAUUAGCGGGUUUUGACUACUGUAAGGGUUAUUAAGGCGAUAUUAAAAUGUCUGUGUGGAGAUUGCUCAGCUGCCACAACGUCCUGGUGGCGGCCCUGUUCCUGUGCGCUCUGCUCCUCCUGGGGAUAGACGUGAAGGCACGGCCGGCCAAUGUGUCUGUCGACACCAAAGACAAGGGUGCGGCUGGCAAGGAUGAGAACGAGAUCCUCCCGCCGGACCACUUGAACGGCGUGAAGAUGGAGCUGGACGGCCACCUCAACAGGGACUUCCACCAGGAGGUCUUCCUGGGCAAAGACAUGGAGGAGUUUGACGAGGACUCUGAACCGAGGCGGAACAGGAAGAAGCUUACUGAGAUAUUCACAAAAGUGGACUUCAACAAGGACCGCAGCGUGAGCGCCAAGGAGUUGCAGCGCUGGAUCAUGGAGAAGACGGAAGAGCAUUUCCAGGAGGCUGUGAAGGAGAACAAGAACAGUUUCCGUGCCGUCGAUCCGGACGGCGAUGGUCACGUGACGUGGGAUGAAUACAGAAUCAAGUUUCUUGCCAGCAAAGGUUUUAAUGAAAAGGAGACUGCGGAGAAAAUCAAGAAAAAAGACGAUCUGAAACUGGAUGAAGAAACUCAGGAGGUUCUAGAGAACCUGAAGGACCGCUGGUUGCAGGCCGACAACCCUCCCAUGGACCAGCUGCUGAACGAGGAGGAAUUCCUGUCCUUCCUGCACCCGGAGCACAGCAAAGGAAUGCUCAAGUACAUGGUCAAGGAGAUUGUGCGUGACUUGGACCAGGACGGCGACCAGAAGCUGACGCUGUCGGAGUUCAUCUCGCUGCCCGCGGGCACUGUGGAGAACCAGCAGGCCCAGGACCUGGACGACAACUGGGUUCGCGAGCGGAGGAAGGAGUUUGGGGAAGUCAUCGAUUCGGACCGCAAUGGCAUCGUCACUAUGGAAGAGCUGGAGGAGUACAUGGACCCAAUGAACGAGCACAACGCUCUCAACGAAGCCAAGCAGAUGAUUGCCGUCGCCGAUGAGAACAGGAACUUCAGCUUGGAGCUGGACGAGAUCCUCAAGUACAGCGAGUACUUCACGGGCAGCAAGUUGAUGGACUAUGCCAAGAACGUCCACGAGGAAUUCUGAGCGUCUUUUUUUUUUAUUUGGGGUUUUUAGAGCCGACCCGAGAAUGUGUUGAUUAGCGCGCUUGGUGCGUUGGCGGUUUGUGUAUAUGAGGCUUAUCCCUGAAAGAGACUGAAAGAGCAGCCUGUGAGUGUACAGUGUAAAUAAUUCAUAAAACUCACACGCAGCGUUGCUUUUCACGUCAUUGAAACCAAGAUCUUUUCAUUCUUGCUCCCAAAGCAAAGAGAAGAACAGAUUCAGGGCUGAAUAUUAUAGUCAUUCACAAUUUCUAACCAAGUCAGAAUAUGACAAAGGAGUUUAAUAUGUACAGUCCUCCUGCACUGCAUCAAGCUUUGAAUUGCACGGCUUCACUGAUAUUUACCUUGGUUUCAUGGUUCCAUACGGCCUAUUAGUUUUAAAAAGCAUAUUUUUGCCUCCAGUGGAGCAUUUUCAAGCACAAAAUGGCUAAAUGAAGUAAAAUAUGACAUUGAAUUUUACAUUGAAGAGGCAAUAGCCAGCGCGGAAAGUACUGUAUCCAACAGGAAGUAGAAAAACAUACUAUAUUGGGUAAGAAGUGUAAAAUCACGUUGUCAAAAGAAGCAAACUUUUCAGUGAGGACCUCUUCUUGGUUCUCUUCCGGCUUUUCCCUUCAGGUGUGGCCACAGCAGAUCUGAGGACUGCCGAAUAUAUUCCUGAGCAUCUGUUUCUUUAGCUGCCGCUUGUGAUGGUCAGUGCACCCAAGUUAGGGGAUUUGACAAGCAUGGACAGUACAAAGUUUAUUCCCUUGUAGUGUUGGAACGCCUGACAGCUCUUCAUCACAACUAUUGCAGAUGCACUGCCGAAUAAAUUCUACCAGUGAAA